AAUUACCACUACUACACUUCAUCAUUUAAUUAAAUACAUUUCAGUCAGCUUCAUCCUCUUGCUUUUUCUUUCACAAAGCUGUCUUUUGUCAUAGUUGUCUUUCAGACUCGGUGCCCUUUCCACUUUUUAUUCCAAAGAAAGUCUUCCCACACAAUUGGGAAAUUGUUGGAAAUUCCUUCUCAAUCGAUCUUUUGUUCUCUUGAUAGAAUGGAUGAGAGCGUAGUAGAAUUUCUGCUCAAUCACUUGACCAUCUUCAUUCAACAAGAGUCAAGCCUCUUGGGAGGAAUAAGGGAAGAAGCUGAGUCCAUCAGAGAUGAAUUGGUGAGCAUGAGGGCUUUCCUCAGAGUAGCUGAUGAAAAACAAGAUAUUGACCCACAGCUCCAAGCAUGGGUUGAGAAAGUUCGUGAUGUUGCCUAUCACACCGAAGAUGUGCUUGACGAAUUCAUGCUCCGCUUCGCACGUUAUCAUCAUGGGGAUGGAUUCUAUGGUUUUCUUGGUAAGAUUUCUUUUUCUAUUAAGAACUUGAAAGCUCGCCAUCGAAUUGGUUCUGAGAUACGUAAAAUAAAGUCCAGAGUCGAAAAUAUACAUCAAAGAUACCGUGAUGGAUUUAGUAUCUCAGAGCAUGGAUCAAGCUCCACCGUUGACAACACAUGGUAUGAUCGUCGAGGUGAUGCACUUCUACUAGAAGAGGCUGAGCUUGUUGGCAUGGAUGGGCCCAAGAAACACCUGAUUGGGUGGUUUCUGGAUGACAGUCCAAGACUCAGAGUCGUUUCGGUGGUGGGGAUGGGGGGUAUGGGAAAAACCACCCUAGUAAAGAAAGCCUAUGAUGAUAUGGGGGUGAAGAAUCGUUUCCAAUGUCAUGCUUGGAUCACUGUUUCUCAAUCAUUUCAUCUCAGAGAGCUUCUCAAAGACGUAGUUCGAAGACUCUUCGAUGAAGCCAAGCAACAGGCCCCUCAAAGUUUGGAAACCAUGGACAUCAAUGACUUGAAAGCAAAAAUUAAAGAUUUCCUCCAACAGAGAAGGUACGUGCUUGUUUUAGAUGAUGUCUGGAGCAUAAAUGCAUGGGAUGCUUUGAAAUAUGCAUUCCCUGACAACAAUAGUGGCAGCCGAAUACUGCUCACGACCCGUAUUGUUGGUGUAGCUUCUACGUCUUGCGUAGAAUCUCUUGAUCACAACUAUACUAUGAAACCACUGUCCCCAAAAGAGUCUUGGACUCUGUUCUGUAGGAAGACAUUCCAAGGCAACCACUGCCCUCAACAUUUAGAGGAACUCUCAUGAAGUAUCUUACAAAAGUGUGAGGGCUUGCCACUUGCGGUUGUGGCAAUUAGUGGUGUUUUGGCUACGAAAGACAAAAGUAGAGUGCAUGAUUGGGAAUUGUUUUACCGCAGGCUUGGUGAUGCUCAGUUAGAAGUCCACGACAAACUUGAGAGUAUGAAAAAUAUACUCUCUCUGAGUUACUAUGAUUUGCCUUACUAUCUAAAAAUAUGCUUCUUGUACUUGGGUUUAUUCCCUGAGGAUUACGAGAUUGAGCGCAUGAGAGUGAUUCGACUGUGGAUCGCAGAAGGAUUUGUGAAAGAGAUAGGGGGAAUGACAAUGGAAGAAGUUGCUGAAGGCUAUCUCAAUGAGCUUAUUAAUAGAAGUUUGGUCCAAGUGGCAAAGAUAGAUGGUGUUGGAAGGCUUAGAGAGUUUCGAAUCCAUGACCUUUUCCAUGAAGUAAUUAUUUCAAAGUCAAGAGAACAAAACAUUGCUGCCAUAGUAAGCAAAAGAAGCACAACAUGGCCGGAAAAAGUUCGCCGCCUAUCAAUUCAGUAUACCUUGGGGAACUUGAAGCAUACAAAUCGUUUUUCUCAACUCCGUUCAUUGCUCAUGUUUUCGGUGGAAGAACCUAUAUCCAAGUCGUUGAAUCCUAUAUUAUUCAAUGGUGGGGUUAGGUUGUUGAAGGUUUUGGACCUGAGGGGUGCUUCUUUGAAGAUACUUCCAAAUGAAGUUGGCAAACUAUUUCAUCUCAGGUAUUUAAGCUUGAGGAGAACAGAGGUUGAAACGCUUCCGAAAUCCAUAGGUAAGCUUGAAAACCUUGAAACUUUGGAUCUCAAAAACACCAAUGUAACUGAGUUGCCUGUUCAGAUCUUAAAGCUCCAGCGUCUUCGUCAUCUCUUGGUGUACCGCUACAAAUUUUUUUUAUAUAAAUGGCUUUAAAACAAUAGUGGGAAUACAAGGCUUGUCUUCCUUACAAAAACUUAGUUAUAUUGAAGCGAACCAUGACAAUAGUAGAAUUGUAAUGGGAGAGCUGGGGAGACUAACCCAGCUGAGGAGAUUGGGGGUUAGGGAGUUAAGAAGGGAGGAUGGGAAGGCUUUGUGCUCCUCUAUUGAAAAGUUGAGUAACCUUCAAUCAUUGAACGUAGGUUCUGUAGAAACGAAAGAGAUUAUUGAUAUACAACAAUUGCCUUCUCCUCCUCGGUCUCUUCAACGACUCGUUUAGAAAAUUUGCCGCAUUGGAUUACUUCUCUUCAUAACCUGGUGAGAUUGCGGCUUGGGUAUAGCAAGUUAAGGGAUGAUCCAUUGCAAUCCCUUCAAGAUUUGCCCAUUCUGAUAGAAAUUGUACUUUUUAAGGCUUACCGAGGGGAGGAAAUGUGUAUCAAAUCGACAGGGUUUCAGAAGCUUAAGAUAUUGGAGCUUUACAGCUUAGAAGGAUUGAGGUGGGUGAGAAUGGAGAAGGGAUCAUUGCCUCAUCUUGAAAAGCUAACUAUUGGGAACUGUGAGUUGGUGGAAGAGGUACCCACUGGCAUUGAAAAUCUAACCAACCUUAAAUCCCUUGAGCUCUUGAAUAUGACAUUGGAUCCACACAAACAGGGUGGGGAUUAUUGGAAAAUAGCACACAUCCCCAAUAUUCAGAUUUCUUGAACUUUCCUGGAUAGUCGUUGGGUUGGAGAUAAUCUAGAGAGAGAGAGAGAGAGAGAGAGGGAGAAGAGUCCUUGCAAAAUUGAGAUCAUUAAUACUUUCUUGAACAGUCACCUAAUAUUUUCUUUUAUUUUAUUUUUUAAGGAUAACUGAUUUGUUUUUUC